CCACCUUUCAGUCCCCUCCGCGCACUGCCGCACUCCAGGUUGCGGGCCUGCGGCGAGCGCUCGAUCCUUCCGCCGCCGCCGUAGCCGGCCGGCGAGCGGAACCCCGACGAGCCCGGCGCCUUCCUUGCAUGUCCACCUCGUCCGGCGCCGCGCGUCCCAUGGUGGCAACUCGGCGCUCUGCGCGGAGGAGCGGCAACGGACCGUUACCGGAUGGAGAGCCCACGGGGCCGGCCUCCAGCACCCCUCCGUCGUCCGGACCCGGCCUUCCGUCCUCCCUUCCGCGGCGGCACUCGCGCUACACAUCUCCGCCCCAGCGGUCCGGCCGCACUAGGGAUAUGGGCGACUCUCAUACCGUGGUGGAUAUCUCUGAUGACAACACACUGAAGCAGCCUGUUGACACUGAAGAACUGGGGAGACAAGGGAAGGAUGAUGUGAUGGCAGAGGAACCAGAUGAGGCAGAUGAGGAUGUGGAGGCACUGGAGGAACCGCCGGGCUGGCUUCCUGACGGUUGGAUCAUGGAGGUUCGUCGUGACGACAAUGGCUCUAUCUACCGGUACUACAUUUCCCCGGUGUCCGGAUACACAUUCUCAUCGAAGAUGGAGACUCUGCAUUAUCUUUUCUCAGGGACGGAAGAUCGCGUGUUGGAAUCGCAGGCUUGUGCUGAGGACAACGAGCUUCAUAGACUGCAUACAUGGCUUCCGGGCGGGUGGGUGAUUGAGGUCAGAGCUGGUGGUAUGAAAAUGGAAAAAAUGUACAAGUUCUAUGUUCACCUGCCUACUGGCAAGCGAUUUUUGUCAAAAGGAGAAGUAUUGCGCUAUGUUAAUGAGGGCAAGGUUUCUAGAUGUGAUAUGGAUGUGCUGUGUGACACAAGUUCUGAUGAUAACAUACUUGCACAAGUGGAAUUCAGUCCAGAUAAUCUACCAGAUGGAUGGGUGAAAGAAACAAUAUUUAGAAAGUGCAAUGAUGGAAUCAGAAAAGACCCGUAUUAUACCGAUCCUGUUAGUCAUCAUGUAUUUCGUACACUGAAGUCUGUGUUGAGCUACCUCCAAACUGGAGAAAUAUCUAAGCAUGCCUAUGUUCCAAGGAAAAGUGUCACUGACAUGUAUUCUUUUGACAAGUGUGCAGAUCUGCCUCAAACUAUGCUGAAACGACUGAAAGUAGAAGGAAGAACAAAUCACAAAUCCAUGAGAGCAUCGGUGUUAGACAGAGAAUUACCUAGUGGCCAGACUUCAAAUCACUUUGAAGGUGGCAUCUCUGCUGGCUUAACUCAGUCUGAUCCGAAAGGGGAGAAGUUCAGAACUGUGAAGGCUACAAGCGUAAAGGAAAUCUGUUUAGAGACUGCCAAGCGACCAAGAGGGAGGCCAAAGAAAAUCUUGAAGCAAACUAAUGAAAGCACUUCUUCACAUUGUGCCAAGAGUCCACAUAAGGAAACCCAGCAUACUGAGGUGAAAAUUGAAGUGGAUAUUAGCGAUGGGGAAGACAUGCCAAAUGAAAAGACUUUGGAGCAUACUGAGAAGGAGAAGCAUGUUGUAGUAAUCCAGGAAGUAGACAACAACUUAGCUGGAAAGAACCUAUCAAUGAGGAAGGGUGACAACCUGGAAUCGGUAACUGACCCAGAUCUCCAUGAGAAAGAAAAUGGCAAGUUGACCGAAGCUGGUAAAAAGGUAACAUGCUCAACAGUACACAAAUUUUACACGAGGAGAAGUAGCAACCAGACACUGGGCUCAAAAAAAGGAUAAAGCAGAUCAUUUAUAGAGCCCGUGUCCAAAAAUCAAUAAAGUAGAUAGUAAGAUGCAAAGGUCCUUGAACUCCCAGAAGUUACCUGGAAGCUGACGAUGUAUGUAAGUACCUGAAGCAAUGUAAGAUGGCUAGUUUCUGUAUUGAAAAUAUUUAAAUGGUAUCUUAUUCAGGGAAUAAUGCAACCGAAAUUGAUCUUCAGUCCAUGUGAAUGGUUGUAAUCAGUUUAGAGGGUGUGUAGCAGAAACAAUCCAUUAUAUUCUUGUAUCACUGGAAUCAAUGAUGCUUCCAGCGAUCAUGAUGUUAAGGAUGGGUAGCAUGAACGUCAAGGAAAGUAAAUGGACAAAAUUUUCUAUUGGGUCCGGGACAGCAA